CUGAAAAGCCCGCAGCAGAUAAGAAAGGUAUAUUUGAAUUCAGCGUUUCACGCCUUAAAGUCGGUAUACAUCUCAUACAGAAAGUGUUUGUCUUGUCUCGAUACGACUUUGAUUUCCAGCUGUGAAUCUAUCCGCCAAGUCUUGGAAGAUGCUGGGUUUAUGGCUGCAUCGAUUUCUGCCCAAAUUUCACAAAAGGAUCGCUGUGAUAUCAUUGAGAGGCUGAAGCAGAACAAGUUGAAAGUUCUUGUUUCAACAGAUUUGACGGCGCGUGGAAUAGAUGCGUCUAAUGUAAACCUUGUUGUUAAUCUCGAAACGGCAAUCAAUGCGGAGACCUAUUUCCACAGAAUUGGAAGAGCUGCACGAUAUGGAGGUUAUGGUGCAGCAGUAACCUUACUCGCUGAUCACCGUGAGUUCAGCCGCUUUAAAGCAAUGGUGAUGAAAAGUGGAAUCAACGUUUGCUUGAUGAGUUCAGCGGCUCCUCCCGAUUUGACAACGAAUCAUUCGUAUUUUGAACAAUGUUCCAAAUUUUCGUCGGUACAGGUUAGUCUGAGAUUUUCACUCCUGUAUGAAUUCAAAAUGGAUAAACGUCUCACAUCAUCAGAACGCCUGGACUUUACAUCUCCUCCCUUUCCCGCUCAGGUGUGGGUAAAUGAUCAGAACGAACGCUCACGAAAGGUGCAGGCUCAAGCGAGGCGGUCGCUGGGAUCUGAGCCGCAGGAGCACAUGGUCCCGGUCAGACUCCACUUAGAAGCGCCAAAGAGCAACAAGUGGAGAGAGGUUAAAGAAGUUUGGGCGCUGUGA